AUGGGAAAAUCCAGAGUCGCCCCGUUGAAUCCAAAAUCUCUCACAAUACCAAAAUUAGAAUUACAAGCUGCUGUCUUGGCUACAAGAAUGAGAGAAUCAAUAUUGAGUAGUCUUUCCAUGGACCUCAGUACCAAAUUUUGGACAGAUUCACAAAUAGUUUUGAAAUAUAUCUCGAAUGAAAACCGAAAAUUUCCAGUAUUCGUUAUGAAUCGCAUCAAUGAAAUUCGUACUACGACUGACGUCAAUUCGUGGCGUUUUGUGCCAGGAACUCUGAACCCAGCAGACAAUGCUACAAAAUAUGUACCACUAUCAUCGAUCAAGAAUUCCAGAUGGUUAACCGGUCCAUCGUUUUUAAUAGAAGAAGAAUGCAAUUGGCCAGACCAAAACCAAAAUGUCAUUCAAAGUGAAGAAGACGCAGAUAUUACCAACUUUCAGUCAACUAGUAAUGCAAUACCAGAGAAAACAUCCUUUAUCAAAUGGGAAAGUUAUUCCGAUUGGCAAAAACUCUGUCGCCACAUUGCGUGGAUUGUCAAAUUAAAACGAAAUUGGUUGUUAUUAAAAAGGGGAGGAUCUGAACCUGAAAAAUUUGAUUACCUGACCGUUGAUAAAAUUGAAGCAACAAAGUUACAGUUGUAUAGCAUCUCACAACAAGAAUCCUACCCAUCAGAAUUCGAAAAUCUACAAUCACACAAGAAACUACCAAAAAGAUCACCACUUGUAGCUUUGAGACCAAUGAUGCAAAACAAUUUGAUUCGUGUUGGAGGAAGAAUUGGUUUAAUCGAUAUACCAUUUGGGUCGAAGAAUCAAGUGAUAAUCUCGCCGAAACACCACAUUGCACGACUCAUAAUUCAACACAUUCAUCAUACAAACUUCCAUGUUGAACAAAACGCCAUACUAGACAAAAUAUUUGGAUUCCGACUGGAAAAUCCUUUGUGA